AUGGAGACUCUGAGAGAAAGGAGGAAAGCCAGUGAACAUACAGCAGAAGAUACAUCGGACAAGAAUGUGAAAAACAAGGACGAUAAUGCCCCGUUCAACCAUUGCAGCUCCGUGGACCUUGACAAGGAUUUGGUGGACUGGAGGAAGCCCUUGGCAUGGCAGGUAGGCUACCUCGGAGAGAAAUACGAUGCGUGGGUUCACCAGCCAGUUGACAGACCAAUCCGAUUGUUUGGGAACCCUUUUCUGGAGGCAAGCACCAAGACAUCCUGGUACUGGGUACCAGUGGUGUGGCUUCCUAUUGUCUUUUAUUACAGUUGGCACUGCUACACCACCCUGGCAAAAGGAACCACCAGGAUAGUCCUCACUUCAGACUUCUCCAUCCUGAUCCAUGAGUACAUUUUCCCAAUACUGUUUUUGCUGGGCUGGUUCUUGUGGUCGUUCAUUGAGUACUGCAUCCAUCGCUUUGUCUUUCACAUGAAACCCCCUGCCCACAACUACUAUCUCAUCACCAUACAUUUUCUUCUGCAUGGACAGCACCACAAGUCUCCAUUUGAUGGCUCCCGGCUGGUCUUCCCCCCAGGCCUGGCGUCUUUUGUAGUGGCUUUCUAUGCAAUCCUCCGCAACACUCUCCCAGAUAUCCUUGUAUCUGUGUUUGUUGGAGGACUAUGUGGCUAUGUCAUAUAUGAUAUGAUCCAUUACUACCUUCACUAUGGCUCACCAAAGAGAGGCUCCUAUAUGUACAGUCUCAAGACCUACCACGUGAAACACCACUUCGAGCACCAACGAUCAGGUUUUGGAAUAUCCUCCACAUUCUGGGACCAUCCCUUCAACACAGUCAUCCCAGAUGAAAAAAUCUAAUACUGAAAUGGCUCAUCUUCAGGGCCACAGGAAUAAACAAGCUUCAUCAUAUCAACCAGUCCUGCUCCUAUAACCACCUUGAAAAUCUUUACUUUAUUCUCUGCAGAGGUAUCUUUAACACCGAAGUAGGAACUUCACAUUUAGACUGCUGAAUCACUGAUCUAUCCAAACUUAAUAUAUCACAAAACUACAACAUAUUUUUUGCAUGUACUUAGUUAGCCACGUCUGCACAGUUGCAAGGGGUUUCUGUGCCAUUUUUCACAACUUAAUCAAUUACUACUGCUGUGCUCUUCUCUUUAGUGAGUGCACUUGCCAAAUCAUCACCUGAUAGGCACUAACAUGAUAACGUUAAUAGUAAAUAGAAAGGAAGAGAGUGUCACAAGCACAAAUAAGGGUAAGUCACAUUUAUGUGUUUGGAUUGUUAUGGUACACUUUAAUUAUAACCAAUUUCUCAGUGAUUGUCAAAUGCGUAUAUACAAAAUGUCACCAAGGCCCUUAACAAUAUUUUGAAACUCUUUUUACUGGUCCAAACAUUCAACCACAGCUCAAGUAGACACACACACACUGUCCUAAAUACCCUCAGAAUGAGAGAAAGGAAGCAAGAAGGGAUGGAAGCUGAAAGAGAACAUGAAGAAGAAAAUCAUUUGACUAGGUGACCAACAGUAUGUGACAGUGUGUCGAAAGACUGAGUGAAUGAGAGCCAGCACACUGCAAAAAAAACAACCUCAGGAAAAUGUCUUCAUAUUUUGUCAGCUCUGUCUGUUGCUUGAAUAUUAUUGUAAUUUUGCUGUAGGCCACUAAGCUACCCAGCCAUCCUACAUGACCAUAUUUGACGGCAGGCUUUAUGACAACAAAAAAAUAAUUUACCAUGGUAUGUCUCCUGUAGUUGGUAAGCAGCUGAGAACAGAAAAUAUUCACAUAUCUGAACAUGUUGAGAUGUCCUAAAAAAGUGAUGUUUUAACUUUAUAAUCA